AUGUCGGUGGGAGCCCCUGGGGUGUCUCAGCUUGAUGGUCUAGGAGUGGGGUUUGCAACACGGCAGGUGGGGAAUGUGACUAAACCCACUGUGAUUAUCAGCAGCGAGGGGGACAAAGUAGUGAUCAGGACUCAGAGCACUUUCAAAAACACAGAAAUCAGCUUUAAACUCGGAGAGGAAUUUGAUGAAACUACCCCCGAUGACAGAAACUGCAAAUCAGUUGUGACCCUGGAUGGAGACAAGCUAGUGCACGUACAGAAGUGGGAUGGCAAAGAGACAAACUUUGUGAGAGAAAUAAAGGAUGGCAAAAUGGUAAUGACUCUCACCUUUGGUGAUGUGGUUGCUGUUCGCCACUAUGAGAAAGCGUAGAGUUUACCUGACCUCUGUCCAGAUGUUACUUCUGGUGGAUGGAUUAAUGUACCGUCCAUAAUUGAACGUAGCGAAAAUGCACAUUUCUGGCAUGAAAGGUUAAUAAAGAGUUUGGGGGGGGGUGUUGGGUUGUUUUUUUUUUAAAAAAAAACUUUAUGCCAUCAAAUUGGCAAGCUUGUGCUGUAUAGUGAAACAGGUUAAACUCGGCAUUAAAUUUCUGAAACACUUGCCUCUCUUUUUUACAGUAAAUGAACAUAUUUGAAUUGUUUUGGAAUGCAGAUCAAAGAGAAAUUAAAAAGUUUUUUAAACGUGU